CGACGGAAAGUAGUCCCUCACCCCUGCACUUCUCUCCGCCCAUCUCGCGAGCGCGUCCGGCAGACACACCAUGUCCGACCAGACCCCCACCCCCACCUUCCAUGUCUGCGCCAAGGCCGGCUCCGACACCAACGCCGGCACCGCCGAGGCCCCCUUCAAGACCGUCGAGCAUGCGCUGACCCUGAGCCCCACCGCCGAGGUCAUGGAGAUGUCCGAGGAGGGCGAGUUCAAGAAGAUCUCCUCCAAGACCCGCUCUCGUGUCCUGAAGAACAUCGAGAAGCAGGAGAAGCAGCGCCAGGCCGAUGAGCUCCGCGCCAAGCAGCUCCAGGAGCGCCUCGAGGCCUCCAAGCUGGUCCAGAUCGAGCGCCCCUCCGCCGAUGAGACCACCUAUAUCAAGAUCCGCGACGUCUGCGAGGAGAAGCCCGUCCCCGAGGGGAUUGUCCUGAUCAAGGGCUGGGUCCACCGCAUUCGCAUCCAGAGCAAGAAGCUCAUGUUCGUCGUCGUCCGCGACGGCACCGGCCUGAUGCAGUGCGUCCUCAACGAUCAGCUGUGCGAGACCUAUGACGCCCUCACCCUCACUCGUGAGUCCACCGUCGAGGUGUACGGCACCCUGAACCAGGUCCCCAAGGGCAAGACCUCCCCCAACGGCUUCGAGCUCAAGGCCGUCUUCUUCAAGAUCAUCUCCGCCGCCCCGGGUGGCAAGGACAGCGCCGACAACAUCUUCAACGACGAUGCCAACCCCGAGGUCCUCCUGGACCAGCGCCACAUGGUCCUCCGUGACCAGGGCCCCUCGGACAUCAUGCGCUUCCGGGCCUUUGUCCUGAACGCCUUCCGCACCCACUACAACGACAACAACUACUGCGAGGUCACCCCCCCGCUCAUGGUCCAGACCCAGGUCGAGGGUGGCUCCACCCUCUUCAAGUUCGAUUACUACGGUCAGGAUGCCUACCUCACCCAGUCGUCGCAGCUCUACCUGGAGACUGUCCUCCCCUCGCUGGGCGAUGUCUACUGCAUUGCGCAGUCCUUCCGCGCCGAGAAGUCCCGCACCCGCCGCCACCUGUCGGAGUACACCCACGUCGAGGCCGAGUGCUCCUUCAUCAGCUUCGAGGACCUGCUCAACCGCGUGGAGAAGCUGGUUUGCGAUGUGUCCAACCACAUCUGGAACCACCCGGUCGCCGGGAAGAUCCUGCGCGAGGUGAACCCCUCCUUCACCCCGCCCGAGGCCCCCUUCCUCCGGAUGUCCUACAUCGAGGGCAUUGAGUGGCUCAACGAGCAUGGCCAGCUCAAGCCCGAUGGCACCCCCUAUGUGUUUGGCGACGACAUCCCCGAGGCUCCCGAGCGCUACAUGACCGACUCCAUCAACCGGCCCAUCCUCUUCCACUCCUUCCCGGCCGAGGUCAAGUCCUUCUACAUGCCUCGUCGCGAGGAGGACAACCGCCUGACCGAGUCCGUGGACCUGCUGAUGCCGGGUGUCGGCGAGAUCGUCGGCGGGUCCAUGCGUAUCUGGGACCUGGAGGAGCUCAUGAAGGGCUACGAGCGCGAGGGCAUCGACCCGACCCCGUACUACUGGUUCACCGACCAGCGCCGCUAUGGCUCCUGCCCGCAUGGUGGCUAUGGUCUGGGCCUGGAGCGCUUCCUCACCUGGAUGCUCGGCCUGCACCACGUCCGUGAUGUCUGCCUGUACCCCCGCUUCACCGGCCGCUGCCGUCCUUGAAAAGGAGGGCCAUCGGCGCACAUGCCGGCCGGCCGGCCGGUGGCCAGUAGCCACACGCGGGGCCACGUGCCGCCGAUGUGUCUCUGACUGGCCCACGCCACUCGGUACCACCUCUCCACCUCCCUGCCUCCCCCGCCCGCCCCUUUGUGCUCUCCCUCGUUCUCUCCCUCUCCCUCUCUCUCUC